UUGUAUGUUAAUAAUAUAAUUUUUCCAAAUUUCGAUCUACGUCCUCGUCGUACAGUUAUAUGCGAGCGGUUAUCACAAUAACUGAUUUUCGUAUUAAUUUUGAUCGGAGCAAAAAUGUUGUCUACCAGAAAACAUCGUAGUGAUAAGAAAAAGGUGAGUAGAACUUCUGUUCCAUUUCCUUUGGCAAGUUACGAAACCGUCUUUCCUGAGUCAAUUCAACACCCCGAGAGAUUUUGGGCCAAAGUAGCCCAAUGUAUAUCAUGGAGCAAACCUUGGAAGAGAAUAUUGGAUAAUACAUAUGAACCUUUCACAAAAUGGUUUGUUGGAGGUGAGUUAAACGCCUGCUACAAUGCCGUUGAUCGUCAUGUAGAAGCUGGAAGAGGGGGGAAAGUUGCACUUGUCUACGAUUCCCCUCUUUUAGGCAUCGUUAGAAGAAUCACAUAUUUUGAACUACAGGAAAAAGUUUCCAAAUUAGCAGGUCUUCUACAACGAUUAGGUGUAAGCAAAGGAGAUAAAGUCAUUAUAUACAUGCCUCUAAUCCCAGAAACAAUAAUGGCGAUGUUGGCUGUUGCUAGAAUAGGAGCUGUCCAUUCUGUUGUAUUUGGAGGUUUUGCUGCUAGUGAAUUAUGUCAGAGGAUCCAGCAUGCUGAACCAAAAGUUAUUAUAGCAGCAAGCUGUGGCAUAGAACCAAGUAGAGUUGUAAAUUAUAUUACGGAAUUAAACGAAGCCAUAGCCCUAUCACUCCACAAACCAUCCAAAUGUAUAAUUUUUCAAAGAAAGGGCGUUGACAUUGCUGAACUGGAUCCAGAACGGGACAUGGACUGGGAGGAAUCGAUUAAAAAUUCAGAAAGUGCCCCGUGUAUUCCUGUAGAUGCCAAUGACCCCUUGUAUAUACUCUACACUUCUGGAACCACAGGUGAACCUAAAGGUAUCACUAGACCAAUUGGUGGAUAUUUAUGUGCCCUGAUUUAUAAUCUUAAGACUUUAUACGGACUGAGCCCUGACGAUGUUUGGUGGGCAACGAGCGAUUUCGGAUGGGUAGUUGGACAUUCGUUUAUGUGCUACGGACCACUGUGUUACGGAAUGACCACGAUAGUAUACGAGGGUAAACCGACGACUACACCCGAUCCUAGUUCAUACUACAGAAUAAUAAGCGAUUACAAGGUCAACGGCAUCUUCACGGUACCAACAGCGAUGAGAUUACUCAAACAAACAGAUCCCGAGGGAAAAUAUGGAUCGGAGUACGACCUGUCCAGUUUGAGACAAAUGUGGUUGGCGGGAGAACACUUGGAUUUCAGUACGAAAUUGUGGACGGAAAGAAUGUUUGGAGUACCCGUUAUAAAUCAUUGGUGGCAAACGGAAACUGGAUCUGCUAUUUCUGGAAUGUGCGCGGGCUUGAAAAAUCCCUGUAGCGAUACUGAUCUGACGGUCGGGCUUCCUUUCCCUGGAUAUAACGUGAAAGUCUUAAGGAAAGAUGGAACUGAUGCUGAUGUCAACGAACUGGGAAGAAUAGCCAUCAAACUACCUCUGCCUCCAGGAACCCUAGGAACCCUUUACAAGGCAGAAGAACGAUUUGUAAAAACUUAUUUUGCAAAGUUUUCGGGUUACUACGACACCAUGGACGCAGGAUAUGUAGACAAAGACGGUUUGAUCUACGUAACAGCACGUGCUGAUGAUGUAAUAAAUGUGGCAGGACAUAGAUUAUCAACUUUGGCACUUGAAAACAUAGUACUGUCCCAUCCUGAAGUAUCAAUGGCUUGCGUAAUUUCCGUACCUGAUGAUAUCAAGAGCGAGGUUCCAUUAUGUCUGUUUGUUAUGAAAGACGAUUCGGAGCUAAGUGAGUACAUCGUAGCCAAGGAUCUGGUGAAUAUGGUCCGAGACAAUAUGGGACCAGUUGCAGCCUUCAGAAUCGCAAUAGCUGUUAGAGGAUUGCCAUUAACGAGAUCUGGGAAAAUUUGUCGAAAAUCUAUAGCAGAUCUUGCAAGGAACAAAUUGAAAAAAAUUUCCGGAACUGUAGUCGAUCCAACUGUUUACAAAGACAUCGAAGAAGCCCUAAAAAAAUACGGAUUCUGCAAUGGGGUAGAUUAAACCAACCAAUAUCAUAGUUAUAAUAAAUUAAAUUAAUUAAACUUCGAAGUAUUACAUUUUUCGCAAUAAAUUAGAAUCCAUUUUCUAGCUG